UCUCUAGUUUUGUUAUGUUUCACUGCUAAGAUCCAGAUGCAGAUGCAGCAGCAGCAGAUGCACCGAUCCUCGCUCUGUGGAUUUAUAUAAACGCUUUUUACGCACUUUCCAAACUCGUACUGGCGCUGGAGUGGCGCAGGGAGCGGGUCCAUCUGCGGAAAACAGAGCUAAUGGAUCAAAACGCGAUGAUGAGGACGCUGCAGCUCAUAGCGUUACCUGUCCGACGUGUCCACAUCCCCUCUCUGAGUCCUGGUCACCCUCGAAGUCCUGGUUCCCCCCGAAGUCCUGACCCUCCUCGAAGUCCUGGUCCGGCUCUGAACCAGGAAAUCCCAGAGACUCCACAGAUAAAAGAGGAGCCAGAAGAACGAAGUAUUGAACAGGAGGAAGAGCAAGAGUCUAUCCCUGAUUACAUUGCUGUUUGUGUGAAGUCAGAAGAGGAAGAAGAGGAAGAGGACACACAGGAAGAGGACAUCCCCUCGGAGGCACACGUCCGCUCAGAGGCACGCGUCCCCUCAGAGACCGAGGAAGACAUGGAGCACUCUUCAGACUCUGACAACGACGAAGACUGGACGCAGAAGAAGACGGACGCCGAUGGAGCCCACUUUAAUCAACUCCAGAUCAGAGCCAGGACUGUACAAAACUAUUUAUCGAUAUAUCUGUGCCCCACGUACAAGUCUGCAGCAGAGACCAGUGCCGCUGUGAACAAUGGAGACAUGUCAGGAACAGCUGAAGGAAUCGAGAGGACGAAACUGCCAUGCCCGUUUUGUAAAAAGCGAUAUCUGUCUAAACAGGAUCUACUAAGACACAUCAGAGUCCACACGGGAGAGAACUUGAUCAGCUGUUCCCUCUGUAACAAAACAUUCACCAAAAAGAUCAGCCUCACAGUCCACAUGAAGACGCACACGGGCGAAAAACCUUACAGCUGCUCAGUUUGCAUGAAGGCGUUUUCCGAAAAGAGUAAUCUCGCUGCACACAUGAGAACGCAUAUGGGAGAGAAACCUUACAGCUGUUCAAUCUGUCAGAAAACAUUUACGCGGAAAAGUAGUCUCGCGGUACACACCAGAACGCACACGGGAGACAAACCUUACAGCUGCUCAUUGUGCGAGAAAACCUUCAUCAAAAACAGCAAUCUGGCCGUGCACAUGAGGACACACACUGGAGACAAACCUUACAGCUGCUCGAUUUGUAAUAAACAAUUCGCCAACAACGGUAAUCUGACGGCACACAUGGGAACGCACAGAGGAGACAAACCUUUCAGAUGUUCAAUUUGCAAUAAGACAUUCACGAGAAAUAACAGCCUCGAAGUGCACAUGAGGACCCACACGGGAGAAAAACCCUACAGCUGUUCGGUGUGUUUGAAAACGUUCUCCAGAAAGGGUAAUCUCGGUGUACACAUGGGGACGCACAGAGAGGAAAAACCUUGCAGCUGCUCGGACGGUUCGGAAGACUUGGCGCAUUCGUCGUGCCAAAAAUGUUGUCCAAGGACAGAGACUGGCGACAGAACUUUCAGCUGUUCAGUCUGUAAAGCGGAGUUCACCUGGAGCUCACAUCUGAAGAGUCACAUGAGAAGCCACACGGGGGAAAAACCUUACAGCUGUUCCAUCUGUACGGCCCAGUUUGCCUGGAGCUCCAAUUUGAAAAGACACAUGGCGAGUCACUCAGGAGGCGAGAAAAAGGACGAAGAGGACAAUGAAAUCACGUCGGUUGUAAUCAAGUGAUGUUAAAAUAUUCUAAAGACUUUGUUUUUUAAAAUGGAGAUGGAAUUAUGUGAUGGCAUGUCCUGCUAAA